UUUUACCCUCAGCCUCCCCUUUUGCUUCCUUGGGUCUUUGUAAGAAGUGUGGAUCUGAGGUAAAACUCUCCUGAGAACUUGAUAGGACACACCUGGCUCAUCAAGCGGUUGUAUGAACAUAGUGAUAAGUUGGCACUUUUAAGUGGCUUUAGUUUUUUGCCCAAAGUUCCUGGCCAAUUCAAAUUCAAAUUUUAGCUUUUGAAAUUCCUUUUCCUAGGCCUAUGAUAAAUUUAUAUGAAGAUCCAGAUUGGUCACAGAAGGAUCUGGAAGGGGCAGUCAGCGAUGCUCGUAAACAUGUGAUCAAAAAUAAACUGUGCUGUUUUACUGGGGAGCGCUUAAAAUACUAUGAAAAGGAAAUAUGGCAGAGGCAUCUUGAGGGCCACAAGCUAGCAUUUACAGAUCUCUGGGGACUCAUUCUUGAAUCCAUGUUUCAUGAUGAGCCAGAUCCCCACAAGCUCUCAGAUCAACGACGGGCCGUGAAUCUGGGUCAAAACCCUCUUCCCAUUUACCUUGCUCUUAAUGUCAGAGAAAGAUACAGCACUCUAGACUUUAAAGAGUGGCUUGAAUUCACACCUUAUGAAGUUGGCUUCUUGAAAUAUGGAGCUUUUGUUAAGGCAGAAGAUUUUGGAAGUGAAUUCUACAUGGGCCGCUUGAUGAAGAAGAUCCCUGAAUCCCGGCUCUCUUUCUUGCAAGGCAUGUGGAGUAACAUAUUUUCCCAGAGUGUGCUAGAUGCCUUAUAUUUAUCAAACUGUUCAGAGGACUUCUGGCACAGAUGGACGAGAGACAGAGUGGUUGAUAUAGACCAAAGCACUGAACCAUAUGUGCAGUCAACAUGCCUCUUCAUCCCCAAUGGUUCCCUCUCGAAACUGCUUAGAGAUGUUAUAACAAUGCGCCCAGUGCUUUCACAUUAUUACGAUUUUAAGAGAGGCCUCCAUAUGAAUAACAAAUACUUGGAAAACGAGAGGUUUUGUAUGUGGAAAGACUCUGUACCAGAUUCCUUCCCGAAUGAAUUGAGUGAUUUCCCAGAAUACUUGGAACUUACAGACACUGCUUUUUUCAUCAAUACCAGCUGUCCUCCCCUUCUGAGGCCAGAGAGGAAAGUUGACAUUAUUUUGCAUCUAAAUUAUAGUGGAGGAUCACAGACAUUGCCAUUGGACUUAGCUGCAAAGUAUUAUGCAGAGCAGCAUAUUCCAUUCCCCAAGGUUGUGCUGACUGAAGAAGACAGAAAGCAUCUGAAGGAAUGCUACCUCUUUGAUGAAGGAGAGAGUCCAAGGGCCCCUAUAUUGCUGUAUUUCCCACUGGUAUGCGACACCUUCCAGAAAUACAAAGCACCCGGUGUGGAACGGAGUCCUAGUGAGAUGGAGGAUGGUCAACUCGAUGUUUCCAGCAUUGUUUUUACUCCGUAUGCUAAUAGCAUGGUGCAGUUUUCAGAGAAGAAUUUCAACAAGCUGUUCAAUUUGUCCAACUACAACAUCCUCAAUAAUGAACAUUUGAUUCUUCAGGCUCUGCGUACAGCAAUAGAGCGAAAGAAGCAGCAAAAGAGACAGUCUCAGUUCCCCUGUUAACCCUUUCCAAACAUAUUUCUCCAAUUUUCCUUCACUGUAAGCUACCAGAAAUGGUUCAUUUAUGCCAUUUGCCAGUAUUACAUACAUGGGAAGCCACUAAUAUUACUUGUCAUUUAUAUACCCCAAAUGCGCUUUAGAAUCUUCACUUGCAGACAGUG